CCCCACGCGCGCCGGGCGGGCGCCAUGGAGGAGGGCUCCAGCUCGCCCGUGUCCCCCGUGGACAGCCUGGGCACCAGCGAGGAGGAGCUCGAGCGGCAGCCCAAGCGCUUCGGCCGGAAACGGCGCUACAGCAAGAAGUCGAGCGAAGAUGGCAGCCCGACCCCCGGCAAGCGCGGCAAGAAAGGCAGCCCGAGCGCGCAGUCCUUCGAGGAGCUGCAGAGCCAGCGCAUCCUGGCCAACGUGCGCGAGCGCCAGCGCACCCAGUCGCUCAACGAGGCCUUCGCCGCGCUGCGCAAGAUCAUCCCCACGCUGCCCUCGGACAAGCUCAGCAAGAUCCAGACGCUCAAGCUGGCCGCCAGACUGUCCCGCGGGGCUGAGCGCACGUGGAACUGGGGUGCAUCCGAGUCUGUAACUUCUGAAACCCGAAUGACCUCCGGGAACAGCCCCCUCUCAGUGCUCCAGCGAGGUGCCUAGACAAGGGCACGGCGACAGACCCCGGGCCGCGCGGCCCCCUCCCCGAGACGGUCCCCGCGGAGGAAGC